ACAAUGACAGGUGGAUGACAGACACAUGGCGAAUCUACUGGAAAACGUUCAUUCGGGUUUGCAUUUUCCCGAAUUCGGUGAAAAAGUGAGAUUAAUUCGAGGAAUGUAUAAAUAUUAUCAUUAUCUGUGCGACGGAUUCGAUGAUAGAGUAGGCUAUAACCUUAUAACCUUAUUUCUUUUGAUUUUUGCCUUGAGUCCAAGUUUCAAAGGUUCUGUAGAUCAGUGGGCCAGUUGCUUGAAUGAUACUGAGGUUAAAGGUGUUCCGACAAUUCCAGAAAUACAAGAAUGCCUAGUUACGAUAGGAGAUAAACCGCCAUCUUUUAUUAACUCCAAAGAUUGGAUUGGCAGCAUCGAAGUUUCGAUGUGCAUAAAUCAGUUGUAUAAUGUGUGCUCAAAAAUAAUACAUGUACCAAGUGGCAGUGAAUUAUUUAAUCAUGUUCAAACCAUUGAGUCGCACUUUGAAAAUUUUGGUUCGCCUAUAAUGAUGGGUGGUGAUCAAGAUGCGUCUUCUAAAGGGAUUUUGGGAAUUUGUGUGGCAUCUACAACUUACCUUCUUGUUUUGGAUCCACAUUUUGUCGGGAAGUCUUCUAGUAGAGAAGAGUUACAAGAACGAGGAUGGAUAAAAUGGAAGAAAUUAGAUGAAUUUUUGGACUUUUCAUUCUAUAACAUGUGCCUUCCUCAACAGAAAGCUUUGGGAGAAAGUUGAUGUAUGUAAUAUGCAUUUUUAUAGACCUGUUUAACUCCUAAACAAUGGGCAUUUUUCUAUUUCCAUCAAUAGUCAAUCAAACUUUCAUAAGAACUCGAAUUUUUAGCUUGUCAGAGACAUAAACAAAAUUGUACCUGUAGUAAUUCGCAGAUAUGGAAGGGUUUACUAUUAUUUAUGAGAAAGAUCUGCUUGGGAAUAUUUAUUGGUGUCACUUAGGGGAGUGCUAUGUCCAUGUCUGCCUGUAUUUACAAAGUUUAAUAAAAUCAGCCUGGUUAAUAUACAGGAGUAAUUAUUAUUUUAA